UUCGAUGAAUGAUGAGCUCUCGUCAUAUCCACAACCUGGAACCUCAAACAGGCACACAUCGUCAUUCUGCAACCAGCUUCAUUUUGGUUGUCACUGCCAACAAGAGCCUCCAGCACUUGUUGCUGACUCGUUUCUCUUCUUGAUACUGCCCUUUUUCCACUUUCUCUUCACUGCCCCUUUCUUGAUAAACUAUAUUACUCCUUUUCUCGAAUAACAACAACAUCCAUUUAUAAUCUUAUCCCUCCACCCCCUUUCAACCUAAAUCAACACGCAGUCACGAUCGAGUAUCCGAACGAAUUCUCCAUCGACGAACUCAACUCCUAAAACUUCAGCCUCUACCUAGGGAAUGGCCUUGAAAACAGUCUAAUACCGCCCCAACCACUCUCUACGUCUUCAUCCGCCUUAGCCCCAUCCGUCGCCAACAUGCCUCGAUCACGACCCGCAACAACAGGCUAUGAACGCCUCGCACAGGCCGACGACAUCAGCGACGACUCAGAUGAGGAUCCCCUCUCCCAAUCCUACGCAUCUCUACAGCCCGCGGCCGCUCCACGAUAUGCCCCCGUAACUCAACCGCGCCAUCGUUCUGGCAUGGCUAGUCCCAAAUCAUUUGCCUCGUCAUCGCAACCCAAAUUUCGCCAUCGUUCAGGAAGCAGCGCCGGUGUCGACCUCAAGGCCAUCAAUGCUCGUCUGGAGCGAUGGGCAGACGAGAUUGCUUCGCGUUUCAAGCGCAAGGGGAAGAACCAGCAAGGCGAAGAGGAGCGCCUUGAAAUUCACUAUUCUGUCUUCCAGCCUCCCGAGGGUGUUCGACCGGUGACCGCUGAGAGUAUUGCGGCGCCGCAGGAAGGUGUCAUGACCAGAGCAGAGUUUGAAACCAUCGUGGAAAGCGUACGAAGUGCUAUUCGGCAAGAAAUCCACCCAAGUAUGAUUUCUCAAGGCAGUUCUGGUAGUUACUUUGCACGAAAUCCUGAUGGCAAAAUUGUCGGUGUUUUUAAACCCAAGGACGAGGAGCCAUACGCUGCAGGAAACCCCAAAUGGAACAAGUGGAUUCACAGAAACUUGUUCCCCUGCUGCUUUGGAAGAGCCUGUCUUAUUCCUAAUCUCUCGUAUGUCAGCGAAGCAGCUGCCUACGUACUCGAUUGCCAACUACGAACACACCUCGUUCCAUACACAGACGUUGUAUGGCUUGCUUCCAAAUCCUUCCACUAUCCAUUCUGGGAUCGCCGCAAGUUCCAUCGCAAGAAGAAGCCUCUCCCCGCGAAGCCCGGCAGCUUCCAGGUCUUCCUCAAGGGCUUCAAGGAUGCCAACGUGUUCCUUCGUGAACAUCCUUGGCCGGAUCAAUACUGGUCAGGAUUCCGUACAAACGAUGGUCAGAGUAAGAAGAAGAGGAGAUGGACGGAGAGCUGCCGUCCAUCAGGAAACGCCUCGCCGAACGAUGGAUACAACAGCGACGACGAAGAAGCUGCCCAAGCCGCGAAUCUUUUGGGUCCUGAUAACUUCAUAUGGACCGACAACUUGAAAGAAUCUCUGCGGGAAGAGCUUGAGAAGCUGGUCAUUCUCGACUACAUUAUGCGAAAUACAGAUCGUGGUCUGGACAAUUGGAUGAUCAAGGUUGAUUGGGAGACAGGCAAGGCCUCGAUAGCAUCAGACCCCAUCCAAAUGAACAUGGAACCCGUCGCUGAGGAAGAGGGCCCUCGACCUGUUGAUCUUUCACAACAAGGGCCUCGUGCUACGAGGGCGUCAUAUCCUUAUAAGACCCAGAGACCUAUGAGCGCCUCAAGCCGACAACCAGCAGGAAACGAGCCAGCAAUUACCAUUGGAGCUAUCGACAACUCACUGUCAUGGCCCUGGAAACACCCUGAUGCUUGGAGAAGUUUCCCCUUUGGCUGGCUUUUCCUCCCCGUUGACCUCAUCGGAAGGCCAUUUUCUCAAAAGACACGGGAUCACUUUCUACCAUUGCUGACAUCCACAUCAUGGUGGACUCAGACGAUUCUCGCUUUAAAGAGGGUAUUCCAGAUGGAUGUUGAUUUCCAGGAACGCAUGUUUGCUAAGCAAGUCGCCGUCAUGAAGGGUCAGGCCUGGAACGUCGUUGAGACACUCAAGACUCCUGAUCAUGGCCCUCUUGAACUGACCCGCCGAGCGAGAGUUUGUGUCUGGGAUGAUCUAGUUGACGUGCCUGUUGCUGUUCCUAUGCGUAAUACGUCCUCGGAAGUCCGCCGCAACCCCCACGUCCGUCAAUCCAUGGACGAGGCCGACAUUGCUAGUUCGGCUCCGACCAAUAAUCCUCCAAUCGAGGACCUUCUCGGUCUGGCCAGUGCACCCGCCGAUAUGCCUCAUCCAGGUAGAUUUGAGCUCUCAUCUCCGACAGGCGAGACUGCUCAGUCACCAGAUGAGGUGCCCCCAAGCGAACCCAACCUCCUGGCACCAGCGGGGCAGCAACAAAACGGUGGAGAUAUAGCCAAGCGUCCCACGGUCCAGGCAGCUGGGUUUAGGAACAGCUACCAGGGUCCUGUUCGUGCACUCAACAUGUAUGAACCAGCACGCCAGCAGGCACCGCGACAGCAACGAAGAUAUUCAUUUGCCAACGCUGCUGCCCGUCGUAACAGCAACACCAUCGCACAGCAGUAUUAUGGUGAAAAUGAGAACUACACCGACGACCUAGAAGGUGACCUAGGAUAUGCUGCAGCUGAGGGGCAGAUGGGCAACCAACGCAAGGUCAUUGUUGAGCGGCUCGAAGCCGUCAAGAGUAGGAACCCCGUCUUUACCUGCUGGUAGGGGCCUUGACCUUGGCCGCAGCAUUUUGUUUGCUUUUGAUUUGAACGGCUGUCUGUCUUCAAAGACUGCAGGCAUUGGAUACACUAUCUCUGCCAAGGUCUCAGCAGUCACGUCACUUCACAGGGUGGCCUUCCCAAUAUGUCAUUCCGUGAGGUUGCAUCCCUUAUUAAGGCCACCUUGAUCUUAUAAAUCCAGGGGUAACCUGUUGCAUCCGUGCUGUUCCCCUCUUGGUCAAUAUGCAACUUGUUCGAAUAUUUGGUCGAGCGUUACUGGUUCGGGGUUUAUGUGCAUAAUGCUGGUCACCGUGAGGUUUUUUCCCAGAGACACAAUGGUCCUUUUGGAACACUUGUCUCACUGCAAGCCAGUGUACCAUCGCUACGAAAAGAGAAAACAGGCCGCCCAGGUUUGCAAGCAAGCCACAGAAUCCAAGCUGACUUGCAUGAGAACUCGAAAACCAAGCGAGGAUGUGUGCAAGCAGAGCGGGGUCAAGAGCUGACAUGUCAUUACUGUACAGUAUGGUUCAAAGGCUCUGGUUCGGAAUUUGCUGUGCUUAUCCCGGUGCAGUAUUCGGUGGUGUCUUGGGAGUUUUGGGCUAAAGAAGCCGUACGGGUUAUGAUGGUAAAAUUCAGAUGUCGUUAUGAUAGCCCACCACAAAAUAGAAGGAUAUGGAUACAGGCUAUAGCCCAAUCUUUUUUUGGACAUCAUGCUGUAGCAUCCAUGGCUUAGUUCAUAGAUACUGUUGAGAUCUUGAGCCUUCCAAAAUGCCGUACAAACUGUGUUAUCUGUGCUGAGGAAUAGAAACCGAAUGGUGUGGUAAAUCCCACGGAUUAGCGGAACAGUGCCCGUAUAACCACGCCCACCAAUUUCCCGGGUUUCUGGUCAGAACCCGAGAGUCUGGGUCGGUAAACCAUGGCUUGAGCAUGGUUCCCCCUGUCUUUGUAGUAUCAGCCGUAGCGCAUAAGCGUUCUACUAUCGGUUAGUUGACAAUAGUGAUUCAGACAAAGUGCUACCAGAGCUGAGUUCUGUUUGCUCUGCAAUCUUGCAUGUCGGUGUCCUGCCCAAUCCACCAUGUCUUGUAUUGGAACAGACCGCGGCUAAGUUUAUCCGAGUGACGGAGUUAUCCAUAUGAGGCCGCACCACGUAGUCAGAAAGGUAACAGUCAGUUGACGAUCCUCCUUUGGCGUGCAGCCUGGCAGCCUUUUGGACUCGGUGCUUUAUGUUUAUCCCCCCACAGACUCCAUGAUGGCGGCCCGUAGCGGCUGUUGAAAGGCUGCGUGUGGGUAAGGGAGCCACUGGA